CGCUUACCAUAAAGGGUAAUACUGCUAUGGUUAAUACAAUAAAAGACAUUCAACUUGCAUUCAAAGAUUACAUAUAAGAAAGAAAAACGCAUGUAGUUAAAAAUAUAUGAGUAUAUGUUUGUAUUAAUUGGGAACAAUAUUUGGCUCACUGGUUUAAUAAGGCCAAAAAGAAGAGACGAUGGGGACGUUAUUUAUGGAUGUUAGGUAGGAAAGAAGUUAUGAGGUUGAAUCUAGCUAAUAAGACUAGAUCACAUUGCUAGAUGUUUUAAUAUAGUAGUAGUAUAGUGUCAGGAGAAUUGUGGAAGAGUUAAAACUGUCUUCAUCAGACAUGAUCAUCAAACGGCCAGAAUUGCCAAGGGACAAAUAACUAUUAGCAUUCUCCGAUAGAUACAUUUAUAUACAGAGAUUGAUGUGGUUACUAAAUCAUACAGUAUGCUAUACAAUCUUCCAAUGAAAAUGAUGAACGCGGUUGAUAUAACAACCAGACACACAAAUUAAAAAGAUCCAAUAGUCAUAAACUACUCUAAAAUUGUAAAAUCAUGAAAAUUUACUUGAUUUGGAUUCUUUCAAAGAAAAAUAUGCUAGGAGGAGGAGUCCAUAAAUAUUGAAAACAUACAUAUUUUCAGAAUAAGGUAAUAUUAAGAAUAUGGUCUAAAAAAACAUUCACCAACGUUUUACAAAACAAAAAUCAUAAUUUCUUGUCUUAUAACUAGAUUAGGUGUAAAGCAUAUAACACUGUGUGGAAGAUUUACAUAAUAUUAUAAUAUUUAGAUAUAUAUAGCAUAUUUCAUUGUUUCUAUUUUAUAUUUUCAUGUUUGUCUAUUGCAAAAACACUCGUUCGAGAUAGUCUAGAAUCUUCCAGCAUUGCAUGACCAGAAAAUGAUAAAGAGGUUAUAAAUUAUAAUGAGGUAGGAACGAAUGAAAUGACAUCGGUCCCUUCAUGAAUAGAAUUGUUGGUUCCUUUCACUCUCAUUCAAAGUUAGAGGGGGCAGAUUAAGCUAAUAGCCAUGCCUUACUUAUUAUUUCCCUAAAAUACAAUUAUAUAUAUUUCUUCAGUUUGGGAGUAUCAUAGACCAAACACCGACUAUUGAUGUAAAUUUUCUUUAGUUUAUGAUAUGAUUAUACAUAUACAACUUAAUUAACCAUGCAAAAUAUACGUAUGACAAAACCCACGUAGUUUAUAAAAGCCUAUUUUAAGGUUAUGUGAGUGAGUAGUUAUUUAGAUGGACCGACGCAUGAUCACGUUUACGUGUGUGUUCCACUGUUUCUAAAAAAUGUAUUUUAUAAACGCAAUGCCGAUAAUGCUUUUAAGAUGAAAAAUUUCAUGCUAUUUCAUAUGUCAGUAGAAAUUUUCUGUGUUUUUGAAUCCUGCAAAUUACUAAAUUAUUAAAAUUAAUUUUAUUUUUUGGCAGCCAGUUUUUAUUAAACUGCGAAAAUUGGUUUUAGAUUGCACAGGUUUAAUUUAGUUUAUACAUAUGUUAUCAGAAUUUCUUAAAUUAUAAUAUAAAAUGUUGUUUUCUUGUCGCUGACCCACAUAGCAAAUCGCGAAAAGACAAAUAAGUAAAAUGAGAAGGUAUGCAUAUGAGAAUAUUUGAAUAUAUAUACAGUGUUUGUUUGCAAAAUACAUAAGAAAUCAUAAAAAAAACUAGCUCCGUAAUCUAAUUUGUUUGGACGGACAAACAUUUUUUCAGAAUAUCAUAUAAUACAGAUAUGUUUUCACCAUCUAAACCUCUAUCUAAUAUAGAUGAAAUUAAAUGUACUAUUGAAUUUAUUGCAUGCAUGAUUAAUGUUCCAAAUUUUGAUUUGAGAACACACUAAUCUCAAAUAGUUCUAUCUAAAGGUUCAGUGUGAGCUCCACCAUAAGAUAACAUAUGAACACAAAUUGUUUACUGAACUUCUUCCAAAAAUUUGCUGAUGCGGAAACUUAACCCAACACUUAAUUAUUAUUGCAAUAACAUAUGAACUCAUGAUUGCAAUUUAAUAAAGAAGAUCCUUCAGCGACAUUAUAAGAGCAUGCGCAACGGUGUGUUUUAGGGAGUCCUUAGCGCUAGAUUAUAGGGUAAUCACAUUAAAAAUAAAUGAAAAAAGGCAAAUAAGCGAAGGAUCAGUCCGUGUAGAAGGAACUUAAGGACUUAAUCCUUAGGGCAGCUGGCACGCUUUGAUUGGGUCGAGUUGUGUUUGUGUGUCGUGGUCACGAAAAAAAAAAUCAUUCGACACAAACGUAGAAAAAAAAACUCUCGAAGAAACAGAAGGCGAUUUUCGAUCCAUCUCGUUCCAUCUUCUUCCCUCGCGUUCCAAGAUAAAUCGAGAGGAAUCUGUAGAUUUAUGGUAUUAGAUUAGGUUCCUUGUAGUUUUCCUGUAAAUUUAGGGUUCGUUUUGCUUUUUUAAAUCGAAUUGGGGAUUUUCGUUUCAAGUUAGGGUUUCAAAUGAUUUGGGUUUUCAAUCGAUUUGUAGAGGUUUUGGUUAGUAGUUACGGUUCCGAAACUGAAAUAGGUUUGAUUAACGAUUUGCUUAUCUGCUUUUAACCAUUGAUCCAUCUGGUUCUGUCUGUCUGAUUUCAAACGAUGAAUGCUUAUCUGCUUCGUCUGCUUUUCUGCUUUGACUCAAGGUUUUAUUUUCUUGUGAAACUUAAAACACGAUCCUUUGUGUGUUUACACGAUCCCCCUCAUCUAUGCUUUGAUAAAUUUCUGUUUGGUUAGUCGUCUGAUGAUGAAUGCUCUGUGGUAGUUGUUGUUUCACUUUUGUUGUUCUAUUUUGUGCUUACAUAUUUAAAAAUUUCAGGUUAAGCAAACAUGGGCCAAGACUAUAGCUACACCCAGCCUUCCUCAUCAGACGAGUAUGACUUGACCUCACUGCUUGAAGCUGAAGCGGCUUUGUACGCCGAAGAAGCUGAGAGUAGCUACAACAUUGGUGAGCCUGUUCAGUGCCCACCUCAGCCGUUUCAGUACUUAUGUGGGGGACAUACAAAUGCGGAGGAGAUGCGUGCCUUUGAGACACAACUUAGUCUUCUCAAGGAUCAAGUUCGUGCGAGUGACCAGAAGCUGGCUACGCUCGAGAAGACCCUGUGUGAUGAGUUAUGCAAGAAGACAUCAUGGGUUACAAUUCUUGGAGUAUCUCUUCUGCUGAGCCUUUUACUUUUAAUAGCGGUGAUAAUUCUUGGAGGAACAGCUUCGAAGGAUAGUAGAAGACUAUCUAACGUGGAGACUGUCUUUAAGGUUCCGCAGUAAAAGAGGAAGCAAGUCACGGGUGCCUUUGGAGUGGUGAAAGUCUUUUCUUCUGUAGCUCAUGUGAAGCAAGUCACGGGAAGUCCUUUUUCUGCUAUAAGUUUGUGUCUCGGUUUCUAUCUUGCCAUCACUUCUUCCUUCCUUUUUUUUCCCGAUUCCAAUCUGGUCGAGAAGAAGUUGUUUUAGUUUAUUGUUGUUGUAACAUUUAGCUACUACUCCAAGUUGUAAGUUUGGCUACAACUCUAUCUUGCCAUCAGUACUAUUUUUAAUCAGAUAUGUCAUCAUCUUCAUCCGAUGAAGUCGAUGAAAGAUUGGACGAAAUUUGUGAAGAAUACGUAGAAGAAAUAUACAACGACAUUGUGGAGGCCCAAACCAUACCGCAAAGGACACGUGCAUAUGUAGAACGACACCGCGAAGGAGGACAAGACCAAUUAUGGAAUGAUUACUUCAGCGAAAAUUCGACUUUCUCGACUCAAUUAUUCAGACGCCGUUUCCGCAUGAAUAAGGAAUUAUUCUUGCGUCUUGUUCAUGGCCUAGAAGCGUCCUUUCCAUUCUUUCAGCAAAGAAGAGAUGCAACCGGCAGGUGGAGUCUUACUGCACUACAAAAAUGUACUGCAGCUAUUCGUCUGCUCGCUUAUGGUACCGCGGCCGACACCGUUGACGAAUAUCUGCGACUUGGUGAGACCACUGCACUUUCGUGUUUACAUAAUUUUACUGACGGAAUAAUACUGUUAUUCGGAGAAGAGUAUCUACGACGACCCACACCGGAGGAUCUUCAACGACUACUCGAUAUUGGAGAGAAACGAGGGUUUCCUGGGAUGGUCGGGAGCAUUGACUGUAUGCACUGGGAGUGGAAAAAUUGCCCAACCGCUUGGAAAGGACAAUACGCCCGUGGAUCAGGAAAACCGACAAUUGUAUUAGAGGCUGUAGCAUCCCAAGAUCUUUGGAUAUGGCACGCCUUUUUUGGUCCUCCAGGUACCUUAAACGAUAUUAAUGUCCUCGAUCGGUCUCCUGUUUUUGAUGAUAUUUUACAAGGUCGAGCUCCGAGGGUAAAGUACGUGGUCAACGGACACACGUAUAAGUUGGGGUACUACCUCACAGACGGUAUAUAUCCAAAAUGGUCAACAUUUAUCCAAUCUAUUACCCUUCCUCAAACUCCUCAACAAGAGUUAUUUGCUAAAGUUCAAGAAGCAACCCGGAAAGAUGUGGAGCGGGCUUUUGGAGUACUUCAAUCUCGAUUUGCAAUUGUGAGAAAUCCGGUCAAAACAUUGAACAAAGACAAGAUAGGGAAGAUUAUGCGAGCAUGUAUCAUACUUCACAAUAUGAUAGUCGAAGAUGAACGGGAUGGAUACUCUCGUAUUGAUAUAUCUGAAUUUGAAGAAGGAGACGUCCCCAGAUGUUCAGAAGUGGAAACCGAGUGGCCAACAAAUCUGAAUAAUAUCUUUCCCACUCGAAAUGAUCUUCGUGAUAGGCAAACACAUGAACGGUUGAAAACUGAUUUAAUUCAAAAUAUUUGGAAUAAAUUUGGUGAAGAAGAUUAGAAAUUAUUCUAUCUUUAUGUAAAAUUAAUGUUCUUUUCUUUAAUUGUUGUCUUUUUAUGUUUAAUUAAUGUAUUUUAUGUUUAAUUAUGGAAUUUUAUGUUUAAUUAUGGAAUUUUUUGUUUAUUUAUUAUAUUUAGUCAUCCAAUAUAUAUAAAUUAUAUUUCACAACAAAUUUUUUUUUUUUUUUUUAAGGAUCCCAACUUCGGACUCACCAUUGUACAGCUAUUUUUCACAAGAGUCCUUAACAAUUAAAAAAAAAAAAAAAAAAAAAAAAAAAAGAUUAAUCUAAUCCUAAGGACUCCACAAUGGGUAUCACCAUUGUGGGUGCUCUAAGAGUAGUAUUCUAUUCUCUACUGUUCUCCAAAUUCAGAUCCGGUGUUUUCAGUUUAUUGACGGGAUCAUUCUUUAUUAUUAUUAUAUAAUUUUUAUUGCUUAAAAAUAAACAAUAUAUAGUGAAGGUUACAUCGAUAUUAUGUAUUAAGUUGUAUUUUCAAAGGAAGACAUUAUGAAAUUUUGUCAGAAGCUCGUGAGUUUAAGUAUACAUGAACAAUUAACUACGACAUUGUUCACUUUAGAGAACUGCAAACUAGUAUCCCAAGCUAAUUAAGAAGCUGAAUCAGGUAUUAUACCAAACACACUUAACAGAACUAGUAAACAUUUUUUUUUGUAACACAACUAGUAAACAUCUAUACUCUGUAAAGUCAAAGAAUAUUGGCUUGCAGAACUCAUGAUUAGAAGUUAACUCACAUAUCAAACCAAAUUGAACGAUACUAGUUCAUUUUGUUGAUCUCGGACCUCUGCUUUACAAGACAUUUUCUCACGAUAUAUAGUAUGGAAUAAAGGAUUUUUCCAAAUUUAAAAGGACAAACAAGUACUUAAAUGUGAAAGUCAGUAAAUCUUGUUUCUUCAAAAUAGAUCUGGCAAAUUUAUAGUGAUC